AUGAGGUGGUGUAAAAUAUUACUGAUAGCGUCCUUUAUUUCCGGAUUAGACUCAAAAUGUUUCCAGCCAAACAUUAUCAAGCUUCCCGAUGGAAAAAUCCGAGGUCACACAUUGAAGAGCGCUAAAGGUAAAACUUUCUAUGCUUACCAGGAAAUUCCCUAUGCAGCCCCACCGAUAGGAAACAGAAGAUUUGCAGAACCGGAGGAACCCGAACCGUGGAAAGGGAUAUUAAACGCUACCAAAAACACCAAAGUUUGCAUGCAAACUAAGCCUUCCCCGGGAGGUAUAGAAACGACCGAGGAUUGCUUGUAUCUGAACGUUUACACACCACUGAAAAGUACCGGUAAAAAGCUGGAUUUGUUGCCGGUAGUGGUGUACGUACACGGCGGAGUGUUCCUCUUCGAAGCGGGCGGAAUCCAAUAUUACGAUCCCAAAUAUCUAAUGGACUAUGACAUAGUAGCAGUUAUGAUAAACUAUCGUUUAGGAGCGUUAGGUUUUUUGGCCACAUACGACGGAACGAUACCGGGAAAUCUCGGCUUGAAAGACACGCUGAUGGCGCUCCGUUGGGUGAACAAAAACAUCGCCAAAUUCGGCGGAGAUAAAACUAGAGUGACGUUGAUGGGAAGCAGCUCGGGCGCCAUGUCGCUCUCUUAUUUACAACAAUCUAAAUUGGCGACCGAUUUGGCGAGGGGCUACAUACUCGAUUGCGGCACUUCGUUUUCCACGAUAUCUUACCAGAACGAUCCGGACCAUUACGCCUUCAAAUUGGCCAGAAUGCUGGAUAAAAACUUUACGUCUAACAGCACUCGUGAUCUAUUAGAAUUCCUACGCCGGAGGCCCGCUGAAGAUCUUCUAUACAGUCCUAUAUACAGUGAUACUUACAACGUAACAAUAUCGUUGGGCUUUGUUUGGCUACCUUCUAUUGAGGAUAGUUCGUACGAAAAAGCUUUAAUAACUAAACCAAUGGUGGAAAGUUACAUGAAAGGGGAUUUUCAAAAAGCGCCCAUUUUAAUUGGAACCGCCAACAAGGAGAUCAUCAAUAUUACACCAGAACCGACCGUAUUCUUCAGUGAAGUUAAAAGAUACGACAGUAGCUACAAGGAACUAAUAAAUCCAUAUCUAAACGUCUCAGAAGAAGAUCGAGAACAGGCGGGAAAGGAAUACAAAUUAAUCUAUACCGAUGGGAAAUUCGAAGAUGACAUUGACGCGUUUAUGUCGUUUGUAAGUGAAGAUGAACUUUCCACCCCGAUCAUUCACUACGCGACGCUGGUGUCCGAACACGCCCCGGCCUAUUUUUGGCAAUUUUCGUACAGAGGACUCAUGGGAGGCGGUUACCAAACUAUCCCAUAUGCCGGUCACGCCGAAAAUCUGUUCUACUUGUUUGCUGGUGUCUACGCUUUCAACGGGGAUCCGGCUAUUUAUCCGAAAGAGGACCAGUUGAAUAUGGCUCGCGUGUUGAAGAUUUGGACGAAUUUCAUUAAAUACCAGAAUCCUACACCGGAACCGGACGAGCUGCUGAAUGGGAUCAUCUGGCCCAAAUUCUCGAGCGAUCGAUCGGAAUAUGUGGAUAUUGAUCGUAAUCUCACCAUCAGAAGGAAUCCGAAAAAUUACAAGAAAGUCAAAGCAGUUUUUGAUAAAUACGCCAGACCCCCGUAUUAUAUUUAUUAA